CUUUGGCUUCGUAGUGUAGCGCCGCUUCGGCUCUCCCUGUUCCCUUCAUACCUCCCGAGAAGCUUCGGCCCGGGGACUCCUCAGCCCGCUCUAGCGCAGCCGCCAGCCAUGGGCAAAGUUCCUUUCCUGUAAAUUGCGCUCGGCUCCCUGCCCCAGCCCUCAGCGGCGGUCAGUGCUUUUCUUCUCCGGGCUAUGGGAGGAUUCCAUGUAAAACUUCACUGGAGAUACUGGGAGAAGCCUCCACCUGGAUGCGCCCCGCUCUAACUACCAGCCCUGGCACUUUUCUCGGAUACAAAUAGCUGCGGACAAUUGCCUGGAUGCCUUUCUCCAAGAUGCCCGGGUGGGUUCUCCUGCCCGUUACCCUCCCAGCCUUUACCAUCACCGGCAUGUGGAUAGUGUAUGCCAUGGCAUUGUCAAACAACCAUAUAUGCCCUGUGUCAAAUUGGAUUUAUAAUAACACUUGUGACUCUCUGGAGGAUGGAGCAUGUUGUACGAUGGAUCAUAUACCGCUUGUCAGUAAAUGUGGAAACCUUCCACCAGAGAGCUGCUUCUUCAGUCUAAUAUGCAGUCUGGGUGCUUUUAUGGUGAUGCUGAUUGGCCUACUCAGAUAUGCCUUUGUUAUUGAACGCUAUGGUCCCUCCCUGUUGAAUACAGUGGCAUUUAUCUUGGGAUGGAUUUGUGCAGCUGGCCUUACAAUGGUUGGAAGCUUUCAGGUGGAUCAUGCAAAGGUUCUGCAUUACAUUGGAGCAGGUGUUGCGUUUCCAACUAGCAUGCUGUUUAUUUUCCUUCAGUCCCUCCUGACCUAUCGCAUGGCGCACGCCUACUGGGGCUGUUAUGUUGGACAUAUUCGCACCCUUCUCACUCUCUUUGGCUUGGUCAUUCUAGUUCUCAGUGGUGUCUUCUUCAUCCAGGAAGGCUUUGUAUUGCAGCAUCUGGCAGCCCUCUGCGAGUGGACCUUUAUUAUCAAUGUUCUCAUCUUCUAUGGGACCUUUUCCUUUGAAUUUGGUGCGAUAUCAACGGAUACGUUCUUGGUGCUUCUCAAAGCGAGCAGAGCCCCAAAAAGCUAUAAGGCAGGAACCAGUACCCCUGCCACACCUCAUGCUCACAGCACCUCUGAGAACAUGGCUAUGAUUUGAAAACACUGGACAGUAUGUCAUGUAUGGACAUGAUAGGAAAAUUCCACGUUUGGUCCUUAAGGAGUGAGACCAAUUUACUUUGCAUUGUGGACGAUGAGAAGGGCUAGUCACAUGACCAAAAAAAAAAUUAUAUAUAUAUAUAUAUUUAAAGUAAUUGUUUAGGAAACAAAUUCACAAUUUUGAUAUGUACUAUGUAGUAGUUGAAAAGUUAUAAUGAGUCAAAUUUAUGUAUAGGGCAUUAAUGCAUUAGCCAUAUAAAUUUUUGUAUAUUUUGAUAUAGCAUAUUUCUAUGAUAAAAGAGCCUAGAGCAUGGUGACAUUAAACUCCAGUCCAGCUGUUGCUGAACUACAGCGGCCACAGGAUGGCAGUAGAUAAUGAAGUUCAGGAACAGGCGAGAUGCCUGACUUCCAUUCUUUAGGAUAAAAGGCAAACAGGCCUUAGUCAUUUCAUGUAUAUGUACAGAUGAUAUGUAUUACCUGAAAGCCUUAUCUAAAUCCUUGGUUGCAAUGUAUUUUUAUUGUUAUGGUACAAGCUCAGAGAUUAUAGUUUUCAAGAAUUCCUAAAUCACCAAGGUGGCCUUAUAUUUAACAGUGAUUGCCUGUUGGUGGGCCCAGUAGAGGUAUUUGCCUUUGACCAUAAUCCAUUAGAAUUUGUAGAUCUGACUGCUACUUGUGUAUGCUCACCCUGAUAUUCUAGCAUCCCUCUGAAAAAGAAUUGCUGUUCUGCUUAAAGGAGAACUAAAGCUUAACUAAAGAAGUAGGUUAGCAAUCCUGCACAUUGUGUUUGGGGUUUCUGUACCAGCCCAAGGCAACCACAGGCCUUUAGCAGGGAAGAUCUGUGCCACCAAAUAUGCCCCAGUAGCCCCCCAUCUUCUUUUCUGCCGAUUCGCUGCACAUGUUCUGCGCUGCUUUCACUUACUGAGCUUAGGGACCAACUCACAAUAUACUGUAUAUACAGAAUAUAAAUGUCACAAUAUGAGGCUGAUUAGUGCAGUUAGCAUCAGAAUUUAAUAAUCAACCAUGUAGUAACAUCAUUUUCUCCUUGAUGAUUGGCAACAACCCCUAUGAUUAGCUGCCCAGAGCACAGAGAGCAUGUCAGCGUCACUGGCACUUCUAGAAAAAUCCAGAUUAUUGACCUCCUGUGCACAAAUUUGAAGGCCUGAAUUAUUACUCUUAAACUUUAGGCUGGUGCAGGAAGGUCAGUAUAUAAAAUACAGCAUUUCGACGCAUAUUUGUUUUUAGUUUAGGUUUAGUUCUCCUUUAAGUGUGGGGCAGACAAACAUAUACAGUAAUAAUAAGGCUAAUGGUUCUUUAGGUCAACUUUAAGUAUGUUAUAGAAUGGCCUAUUCUUAGCAACUUUUUAGUUGGUCUUCAUUUUCUAUUAUUUAUAGUUUUUGAAUUAUUUCUGACUCCUUCAUAUGGGGGUUACUGACCCCAGCAGCCAAAAAACUAUUGCUAUUGUUACUUUGUAUUAUUUUUUUUUUUCUAUUGGGGUCCUUGUCUAUUCAUAUUGCUGUCUCUCUUUCAAACCACUGCCUGGUUACUAGGUCAGACUGCGGCCUAGCAACCAGAUAGCAGCUAAAGUUCCAAACUGAAGAGCUGCUGAAGAAAAAUUAUUCAAAACCACAAAUAAUAAAAAACUGAAGACUAAUUGCAAA